AUGAACGAGUACGAAGAGUUAUUAAAAUGGUAUCCACAACUAAUAUUGAUAUCUGAAAAUCCAGUAACAUUGCACGGUUUAUUGAAUAUAAACAACAAUUAUCAGAUAGAAAUGAAACUAAAAGUGCCUAAAUAUCCAUCAUUGAAACAUGCAACUGUUCACUUUGGUAAAAAAAUAUCAUUGAUGUAUGGUACUGAAUUUAGUGUAAAAAUUAAUGAUUUAUUGCGUAGUACAAAUUCUAUUAUGUCGUUUUUAAAUCAGUUACAAAAACUAAUGGAAACAAUUAUCAAAGAAAAGCACGUUGAUACCAUUGUCGAUGCUGAUUGGUUUGAUAAUUAUAAUUUAGAAGAAUUAAAAUCUGUUUUGCUAAUUCCUGAUGUAAAUAUUUAUGCCAGCAGUGGCUUAGAAAUAAUUAAAUUGACGUACAAAGAUAUUUCAAUAAAAUUGAAACAAACAAAAUCGUACAACAAUCCUUGGAUUAUUGUAUCAUCGGAUUUACCUGAACAAAGAACUCUUCCAGCACUUGAAACAUGCAUAUCAACAUUGACUGAAGCUGCAGAGGCUCUUAAAACAAGAGUCGAUUCAUUGGAAAAUAUUUGGAUUGAUUUGAGAGAUAUUGAUAACAACUGUUGGGUGAUUGAUCCAGUGAAACCAAAGCCUUCUCAUCUUUACCGAAGAAUUUAUAUAAAUCCAGCCUUAUCACUUCUCAUAACUCCAGAUCCUUCUUCUUCUGAACGUUUGCAAGAAAUAAAAGUACUUGGGAGUGAUAAUGAAGUUGCUAAAUGUCAAAAUACCAUUACAGAAAAUUUAGAAAAUUGGUCUGGUGAUAGAUCAAUCAUUGAAAAUCUGUUAGAUUUACUAGAUAUUGACGAAUUACCUCGUCCACCAGAUGAAAAUCGUCCAGUACAACCAAAUGACGGUAUUGUUGAUGAUCAUGAAUGCUGUAUUUGUUUCUCGAUGGAAUCAGACAGCGGUGAAACACCAUCAGAAGUUUGUAACAAUGAAAAAUGUCAACGUUAUUUUCAUUCUUCAUGUCUUCUUCAGUGGUUACAAGUAGUAGCAGGGAAUCAAAUUUUCUUCGAUCGUAUUCAUGGUUUUUGCCCAAACUGUAAUACGAAUAUAUCAUGUGCGAUCGUAAGUAACUAA